AAGAAGAAAGCAGAGAGGUGUGUGUGACACAGUGAAGAGUGACUGACACAACGAAGACCAAUAAGAUCAACGCAGAGACUACAACUACCAUUAAAUCAACUUUCACUUCACUUUCCAUCACUAAUUAGGGUUUCGCCCUUCAUCGCAAUUUCUUCACCAUGAAGAAAUCCUAUAACCCCAAAACCUCCCAAAGCCGCUACGAAUUCCACCGUCAGCCGUCGCACGCCGGCUUCGGUCCACGCUCCGUCCACCGUCCGCCGCCUCCGCGCGAUUCCGGUCCCCGCCCCAUCCACCGUCCCCCGCAACUAUGGAAGCCCCGCCCGCUCCCGCCCUCCCGCCCGCCCGCGCCCUAUUUUACGGUGGAGCUCGUCCUCGGCCGCCGCACCCUCCGCCGCGACGACGUGGAGGCGCUGAUCGACGAAUGCCAACAGAAGCCGGAGAGUUUCACGUUCUACCCCGUCGACCACCUCGCCGGCACGCUCAGCUAUCAAAAUUGGGACGCCGCGCGCGACGCUGCCGUCUUUUUCUGGGAGUCUCUUCUGGCGGAGAAGCACGACUUCGCGCCGGUGCUGAGGUCCAACGCCGCCGUGAAGGGUGAUCUCGAGGGCCGCCUCCGGGCUCUGUUCACGGCGCACGUGAGGGAAUUGAUGACGGAAGGAAAGGAGGUGAAGCGUUGGGUGGCGGAGAUUGAUCGGUUGUCGGAGGAGAUUGCGAGGGUUUCGGAUUGUCUCGGUAAGCCCUCGGCUGUUGGUUUGUUCUACCGUUUUAUGGAGAAGGAGAGAGGGCUCGUUGAAGAGAAGAGCCUCGCUGAGAGGAGGGUGAAAGAGUUUGAGUCUGCAAUGGAGUGUGUGUUGAAGCAUUUGGAGGAUGAGGAUGAUGGUGAGAGUAGAGGUGAUGGUGAGGUUGUUGAUGCUGUUCCUGUGUUUAGGUUUGAUGGAGAUUGUGAUUGGAAGCGGAUUCACUGCUUCAUCAGCAGGGAGCGUCGGAGGCUUCAGGAUGGAUUGCCCAUUUAUGCAUACCGGAGGGACAUUCUUCAGGAGAUACAUCAUCAACAGAUAACGGUAUUAAUUGGAGAGACUGGUUCUGGGAAGAGUACACAGUUGGUACAGUUUCUGGCUGAUUCUGGUGUAGGUUCUAAAGAAUCCGUUGUAUGUACCCAACCCCGCAAAAUUGCUGCCAAAUCAGUGGCUCAAAGGGUCCAGGAAGAAAGCAGUGGAUGUUAUAAAAGUCAUUCAAUCAAAUGUUGUUCUGCGUUUUCAUCCUCACAUGAGUUUGAAUCCAGGAUAACAUUCAUGACGGACCACUGUUUAUUGCAGCACUACAUGAAUGACAAGAAUUUGUUUGGGAUUUCGUGCAUCAUAAUUGAUGAGGCUCAUGAAAGGAGCUUAAAUACUGAUCUACUGUUGACUUUGUUAAAGGAUUUACUCUGUCGGAGGGUUCAAAUGCGGCUUAUCAUUAUGUCUGCUACUGCUGAUGCAAAACAGCUAUCUGAUUACUUUUAUGGCUGUGGAAUUUUUCAUGUGCUUGGGAGAAGCUUUCCAGUGGAUAUCAAAUAUGUUCCUCCUGACUAUGCAGGACAUUCUGGUUCUGCUUCUGUUUCUGUUGCCUCAUAUGUUUCUGAUGUUGUCAGAAUGGCCACUCAGAUUCACAAAACAGAGAAAGAGGGAACCAUUCUGGCCUUUUUAACCUCUCAGAUAGAAGUAGAAUGGGCCAGUGAAAAGUUUGAAGCUCCCUCAGCAGUGGCUUUGCCCUUGCAUGGAAAACUUUCGUCUGAAGAGCAAUUUCGUGUUUUUCAAAGCUACCCUGGAAAGAGAAAAGUCAUAUUUUCAACAAAUCUUGCAGAAACAUCACUUACAAUUCCUGGUGUUAAGUAUGUGAUAGAUUCUGGGGUGGUUAAAGAUAGCAGAUUUGAUCCUGGCAGUGGGAUGAAUGUACUUAAGGUUUGCUGGAUCAGCCAAAGCUCUGCUCGUCAACGGGCUGGUCGUGCUGGGAGGACUGAGCCUGGUACGUGCUAUAGACUGUACUCUGAAGCUGAUUAUCAGUCUAUGGAAUUAAAUCAAGAGCCUGAGAUUCGAAGAGUUCAUCUUGGUGUAGCAGUUUUGAGGAUCCUUGCUUUAGGAGUGAAGAAUGUGCAGGAUUUUGAUUUUGUGGACGCUCCAAGUGCUAGCUCUAUUGAGAUGGCAAUCAGGAAUCUAAUUCAGCUAGGAGCCAUUGAAGUGACCAAUAAUGUUCAUGAAUUAACUUCUGAGGGUUGGUGCUUGGUUAGAAUGGGAAUUGAACCCAGGCUAGGUAAACUUAUUCUUGGCUGUUUCAGGCAUGGUUUAGGUAGAGAAGGGGUUGUCCUUGCUGCUGUGAUGGCCAAUGCCAGUAGCAUUUUUUGCAGAGUUGGUAAUGAAUGUGAUAAACAAAGAUCUGAUUGUCUUAAAGUGCAAUUUUGUCAUUGUGAUGGUGACCUCUUUACUCUUCUUUCUGUGUACAAGGAAUGGGAAGCUUUGCCUCGAGAAAGGAAGAACAAAUGGUGUUGGGAAAACAGCAUUAAUGCCAAAUCAAUGAGGAGAUGCCAUGACACAAUUUUGGAGUUAGAAACUUGCCUUGAGCGUGAACAGGACCUUGUUACUCCAAGUUACUGGCGUUGGGACCCUUGUAUGCCCUCUAAUCAUGAUAAGAAUUUGAAAAGGGUUAUACUUUCCUCACUUGCUGAAAACGUAGCCAUGUACUCUGGCUGCAAUCAACUUGGUUAUCAGGUGGCUCAAACUGGGCAACACAUUCAACUACAUCCAGCUUGUUCAUUGCUUGUAUUUGCUCAAAAACCAAUUUGGGUGGUUUUUGGUGAGCUUCUUUCAAUUUCUAAUCAAUAUUUGGUCUGUGUAAGUGUGAUUGACUUUCAAUCGUUACACAAUCUUUCCCCUGCUCCCAUGUUUGAUGUAUUCAAAAUGGAAGAGCGGAAAUUGCAGAUGAAGACACUAACUGGUUUUGGCUGUGUUCUUCUCAAGAGAUUUUGUGGAAAAGCCAACAGUAAUUUGCUUGGUCUUGUUUCACGGAUAAGGAAAGCUUGCAUGGAUGAACGCAUCUUCAUUGAAGUGCUUGUUGAGCAGAAUGAAAUCCAGUUAUAUGCCGCUUCAAAUGAUAUGGAUACGGCCCUUGGAUUAGUUAAUGAUGUCUUAGAAUAUGAGAGGAAGUGGUUACACACUGAAUGUAUGGAGAAGUAUUUGUAUCACGGGUCUGGUUCCUCUCCACCAGUAGCUUUGUUUGGGUCUGGUGGUGAAAUAAAGCAUCUGGAACUUGAGAAACGUUUCUUGAGUGUUGAUGUGUGUCAUCCAGACAUUAAUGCAAUUGAUGACAAGGAGCUCUUGAUGUUUCUUGAGAACAAUACCUCUGGUUACAUCUGUGCUGUGCACAAAUUUGCGAGCAAUAUGAAGGAUGAGGAUAAAGAAAAGUGGGGCAGGAUAACAUAUCUGUCCCCUGAUGCUGCCAGAAGGGCUACUGAGCUAGAUGGAUGGGAGUUUUGUGGAUCCCCCUUGAAAAUUGUUCCUUCACAGUUGGGAGGGGACAAAACAUUUUCAUUCCCUGCUGUUAAAGCAAAAAUUUCUUGGCCUCGUAGGCUUAGCAAGGGAUUUGCUGUAGUUAAAUGUGAUAUGAAGGAUGUCAAUUUUAUGUUGAGAGAUUUCUAUAACCUUGCAAUAGGGGGAAGGUAUGUUCAAUGUCAAAUUAGUAAUAGGAGUACAGACAGUAUUUUGAUACGUGGACUUGACAAAGAGUUAUCUGAAGUUGAAAUAUUGGAUGUACUAAGAAGUGCUACAAGUAGAAAGAUUUUUGAUUUUUUUUUGGUGAGAGGGGAUGCUGUUGGAAAUCCACCAUGCAGUUAUUGUGAAGAGGCACUUCAAAAAGAAAUUUACCCCUUUAUGCCAAAAAUAAACCCACAUAUUAGUUCUUGCCGAGUUCAGGUGUUUGCACCUGAGCCAAAAGAUGCAUACAUGAGAGCUUUAAUCACUUUUGAUGGAAGAUUACAUUUGGAGGCAGCAAAAGCAUUGGAGCAAAUUGAAGGAAAGGUGUUACCUGGAUGCCUUUCAUGGCAAAAGAUGAAGUGCCAGCAGUUGUUUCAUAGCAACUUGACGUUUCCUGUUCCAGUGUAUCGUGUGAUUAAGGAACAACUGGAUAAAGUACUGGCAAGCUUCAGAAAUUUUAGAGGUCUUGAAUGGAACCUGGACAAGACAGUUAAUGGUUCCCACCGAGUGAAGAUAACAGCCAAUGCCACAAAGACAGUUGCAGAAGUUAGGAGACCUUUGGAAGAGCUAUUGAGAGGGAAAACCAUUGACCAUGACAGCCUCACCCCUGCAGUUCUUCAGCUCAUGUUUUCCAGGGAUGGCUUUAAUCUUAAAAGCUCAUUGCAGCAAGAAACAGGAACUUACAUUCUUUUUGACAGGCACAACUUGAAUUUACGGGUGUUUGGUUCCCCGGACAAGGUUGCUUUGGUUCAGGAGAAGCUGAUUCAAUCACUCCUUUAUCUCCAUGAAGGAAAGCAGUUAGAAAUUCAUCUGAGAGGGAGGAAUCUACCUCCUGAUUUAAUGAAGCGAAUGAUUAAGAAUUUCGGGCCAGAUCUCCGUGGACUGAAAGAGAAGGUACCUGGGGUGGAUCUUUCACUCAAUAUACGCCGCCAGGUAAUCAAUUUUCAUGGUAACAAGGAGUUGAAAGCAAGAGUAGAUGAAAUAAUUUUUGACAUUGCUCGUUCCAGCCAUCAUUUGGUUGAGAGAGUUGAAACUGGACCUAGCUGCCCGAUUUGCUUGUGUGAGGUUGAGGAUGGGUACUUGCUUGAAGGGUGUGGUCAUUUGUUCUGCCGGUUGUGUCUGGUGGAACAAUGUGAAUCGGCUGUUAAAAACCAAGGCAUUUUCCCAGUAUGUUGUACUCACGCGGACUGUGGAGAUCCCAUUCUUCUGACAGAUUUGAGAUCUCUCUUAUUUGAUAAGUUGGAGGAUCUUUUCAGAGCUUCUUUGGGAGCUUUUGUGGCAAAGAGUGGUGGAACUUACAGGUUUUGCCCCUCUCCUGAUUGCCCCUCAAUUUACCGAGUUUCAGGUCCUGAUACUGCUGGUGAGCCAUUUGUUUGUGGGGCCUGUUAUUCAGAGACUUGUACCAGGUGCCACUUUGAGUAUCAUCCUUACAUUUCAUGCGAGAGAUAUAAAGAAUUCAAGGAAGAUCCAGACUCAUCUCUGAUAGAGUGGUGCAAAGGGAAAGAUCAAGUUAGGUGCUGCCCGGCGUGUGGGUAUGUAAUUGAGAAGAUAGAUGGGUGCAACCACGUUGAGUGCAAGUGUGGAAAGCAUGUCUGCUGGGUUUGCUUAGAGUUCUAUACUAGUAGUGAUGAAUGUUAUAACCAUCUGAGAGAUAUACACAUGGCCAUCAUAUAAAUAGUCGUUUGCUUACCACCAUUUUUCUGAGAUGUGUAAAUUUAGCCAAGUGGUAUGCAUUUACAUUAUACAUGCGAGUAAGAAAAUGUACAGUUUAUAAAUUAAUGUAUAUAAAGCAGAAGUUCCUCAUCGUGUA